AUGUUUGGAGGCUCACGGAGGCGGCAGCCUCCCGCCCAACCCCUAACAAGGGAAACGGCGAAUCCUAAUGCCGCCACCGCAGCAGCAGCGGUAUUUAUGAGUCGACGCGACUCCAACUCGUCCUUGUCUUCGGCUGCUGCCGCUGCAGCCCUCAGGGCGCGGCCGAUGACUCCGACGAAUGUCGCCGAGGUACAGUCAAAAAGAGCACACAGGAGAAGCCCUUCCCUCACUUCCCUCACUGGCAGCGUGAGAGGACGUCGCGAGCUCACGAGAACCCCCAGUGUGGGUUCUAUGAUGGAGCGCACCUUUCGUACACCCUCACCAGGCCGCAGUCCAGUUCCAAGGGAGCGUGACGUGCCACCUGUCCCAGCUAUGCCCAGUGUUGACCAAAUCAUGGCCAGCCAGCAAACUAACGGACACACAAAGGGUACAAGAGGACCCGUCCUACAGACCCAACCAUUUAGGACAGCCAGUCAGAAAAUGAAGGAUGGUCAAGCAACAUGGUUUGGCGGCGCAACCGCCCGAGAGUCGGUCAGCCCUCGACACGCCGACGCCGCGAUACACUCUGCGACCUAUCUUCCCGAACCACGACCCGGCAGCGUCAGUCCAUCUAUCAACUUCUCGUAUCCUCGGACUAGAACCCUAUCUCCCACGCCCUCCGUUGAUGACACCCUCGUCUACGACCCCAACUCCCGACGAAUGAUCCCCAAAAGCGAACUCGUAGCCCGUUCCCAAAGUGUGCGUGAGGUGUCUGAGAAACCGAAAAAGAAGAAGCAAGGCGUGAACAGAGCAGGGUCUCAUCUAUCCAAAGGUACGGUUGGUGGACGCACUAGAGCGCCUGCUUUGGAGGAUCAUCCCGAACCAGAGCCCGAACCUCAGCCACCAGUUGAGCGAGAAACUGAAUCCGCCUCGGUUAUCGCCCCCGAAUCCGUAGUUCAACAACCGCCGGAUGGCACGGUGAAGAAGAAGAAAAAGAAGAAGAAGAAGAAGGCUGCGGUGCAACCCGACGCUCCUGUAGCUGCUGAAGAGCCAGCAAUUGCGGCAGAAGAGCCUGCUGUUGCCAGACCAGCUCCUGCCAAGAAAUCUUCAGCCGUGGAAGAGGAGCCGCGGAGGGAAGACGUAGAGGGACAAAACAACGAACAAAAGCACAUGGAUUCAGCAACAGGAGCUGCCGUGGCGAUACCCGCGGCUGAGGCGACGUCACAAAUGAAACCUGAGACUUCAGUCGCCAACCAAAAAUCACCAGCUAGCCAGGCUCGUGUUCAUUCGGAAAGUCCUGCGCGAUCCGCGCACUUUGCUUCGUCAUCAACGGAUCAACUGGUCGUUAAGCACGAACCGCCACCUCGAUCAGUGUCUCCUCGCAAAUCAGCCAUGAAGCUGUCUUCACAAGCUAGAGGCGUCUCGCCGUCUGACGAUGGCUCCGAAGCAUCGAGUAGCAGGCAUCUCAGCCCUCAAGAAAAUGAAGAUCCUGCCUUGUCCCGGAAAAAGAGCGCACGAGUCAGCUGGGACGACAGAAGUACAGUUGUCGUUGGUGAAGGCGUGCCACCCCAGGAAACCGAUUCACCCAUGAUUCCAAGUCCUCAGACGAAGAAACCGUGGCACAGCGUUGUGUCCAAGUUUACCAAGAAGGACAAUGUGAGCAUUGCUGAGGACGAAACAAUGACCCCUCGACCAGCUCUGCCGCAAUUUGGCAGCGUUCGGGAAAAGAAAGUCAGAGAAACGGAGGAGCGCCCUCUGGUUAGGCCGUCGGAGCGCGUGUUCACUAGUCAGAAUGGAUCUGCUGCUCCUGGCACAGGUCAAUCGUCAGACGCCGCCAUUGGGGCUGCAAUCACGCAGGAUUUGGCUUCUAAAAACGCCGCCAACAUCUCCAAGUAUAGAGAGCCACUUCCAGCGAGCCAGACUUCUACCGAAAUCAGUCAAACCCAAGUCGAUGUUGACGAAAGCUCAGACGAUGAUUUGGACACGGAUGUCACCACGGAGCCCGAAGAUGUUCCCGAGUCGACCGCUUCCAAGGGACCUGCUCCCCAUGUUUCGGAACCUCCGGUAACUCCUACAAAGGCUGGCACAGCCAAGAAGGAGAGUGAUGAAAGUGUGCCGACAAUUUCAGUCUCUCAUCCAAGCCCUCGUCCUCAAGGUUCCGGGGAAGCCACACCACCAGGAGGAUUCCCUGACGAUCAGGAUACAUCUAGGGACAAUAGCGACGACGAAGAAUCUGACAGUUCUGGCUUGUCAACGCCGACUCGAUCUACUGGGCCUGCUGGGGCUAUUGGCACAGGAAUGGCCGACAUUGUGGAGGAGGAUGAGGAAACAGAAAAUGACCGAUUCAGUGACGCGUAUGAAGAUCUUGAGGAAGUGGACGGUGAUGGAUUCCUAUCCCUGGAUGCGGUUGUUGACAGCCCGACAACUGGAAAGGUAAACAAGAAGCAAGUUGAGGACACGCCUAUUGUAACCAAACCCAAAGAUAGCCUCGAGGACGAUCGAGAGUUUUCUACUCCCGUAGAAGGCGCUGAAGAUGCUGGAGAACCAGACGACUGGGAAAAUGCAAAGGCAUACUGGAAGAGCCUUUCGAUUGAAAAACGCCGACAACUAGAGAUUGAGGCCCUGUCAGAAGCUGGCGAGGAUGCGAGCACUCCCAAGAAGGAGGCCAAAGCAGAAGCUAAGAAACCAGUCACGAAAGACACUGCCCCAGCAUUGGCUCCUUCCCUCGAUGAGCGAUCCUAUCAGAUCAAACCGGGCACCAAGUGGUCUGAAGCCGAGGGUGACAUUGGCGAUGAGCAGCAGACCAGUGUUGCUAAACAAGCGUCAGUUCUUGCAGCCAACCCAAAGACCACUGAGACUGCCAUGCCGAAGCUUCGUACGUCGAUGCGCCAGUCCAUGCGUGCCGAUGCUCCUGCGCCGGUGCGUGAUACUAGUUCGGAGCGGUCAGGGGGUAUGAGAAAGUCGAUGAGAACUGGCCCUCCUCCGGCCAAGGCCCAAUCAUCAAGACCAAAUACCACAGCCGAACCGAUCGCGAGGUCUGCCUCAGCUGCCAUGUCCUCCACUGCCCCCAAGUUGGGAAUGCGACAAUCUAUGAGAAACGGUCAGCCUAACGGUGAUGGUCUGCGGCCGACCUUGUCCGCUUCGGGACGGCCUGCAUCAUAUCACCAGCCCUCGACAACAGGUCCAAUAAAGGGACACAAGCGAAACAUGUCAUCGGACGACCUGAGUUCGUCAUCUGUCAUCAAGCCAACAUUACGGCGCCGGGGCUCAGGGGACAGUGAGAGCAGCUUUAAACGCAAGCGAUCUGGAUCUGGAGAGGUACACAACUUCCGAAUGUCGAUGCGCGCAAGCAUGCGUGAACCACCAUCACCGAGUGAUGCUGCGAAACGAUUUAGUCUGCGAUCAUUGUCACCUCCGGCCUUUAGACGCAACUCAUUUUCAUCCUUGCCUCCAGGUACUUCUACAUCCAUGAGUGGUGGCUCUGGCCGUAUGCGCCAAUCCUUGCGAGAUCGACCGGCAACUUCGAGCUCUCGCUUAAAGAUGGGAGGCUUCAAGAAGCCUUCAGCCUUCGGCAAGAAAUCCAAGGGUGGCAGCCGUUUUGCUGAUUCCAGUGACGAGGAGGAUGGAGUUGGUCCAUCGGUCUUUAGAAGCCGUUUCGCUGAUUCAAGCGAUGAGGAUGAGCCGAUGCCCUUGCCCAAGAGCAAGGGUCUUCCCAAGUCUCUUCGUAACGGCAAUAGAUCCAACGUCGGCGCACCUGACCGCGACAUGGCUUCUUCGGAUCUGCCAGACGAAGAUGAGGGCAUUUUGCAGCCGAAACGUGACAACAUGGUGAAUGGCCAGUCCUCGCUCCGCCGGAGUCGAUCUGGUCGCGGUACUCUAGACCGAAUUCCACAGAACGACAUGACCAAGCCAACCACCCGACGUGGAAGUUUCAUGUCUAUCCUACGUCGAAAGAAGGAUCCUUCGGACAAGAUAUCAAAGGAGCUCGGCGAGAGCGCUGCUCGGAAAGACACCAAUCUAGAGCGUACAACCGAAGAGCUGGCUGUACUUCGCAGCAACUCUCUUCACAAACGUGGUCCAAGCUGGCCGCUACCCGAUGAAGAGGGCACCGACGCCGAGGAUGGCAGAUCAAAAGAGCCAGCUCGGCCGUCUACCUCUGGUGGACCGUCACCAUCAAAGAAAAGCACAUUUUUGCGUCGGAGGAGCACGUCACAAGGCAUGGUUGGCCUUGGCCACCCAGAAGUCGACACCACCGUGCCUGUUCCUGAGAUUCCUGACACAUUGGUCGGUACCGAAUCAGCACGAUCUCAACAACAACCAAAAAAGAAGAAGUUUGGGGCACUGCGAAAGAUGUUUGGUAUCCACGACUAG